UAAAUCCAAUAGAUUAGUGUUAUACGGUUAGAGAAUGCGCCACGAUCGUUAAUUCAGUGGGCCUUUUAAGUCAUUGACAUGUUCCUUGGCCCAUCUCCACCCCGCACGCCUCCCCUAAACCGCCGUAACAACCACAGACCUCCUCCACCUCACGCAACCGUCUCCUCCUCCCUUCCCGACCUCUUCCUCGCAGCCUUCUCUCUCCUCUUCCUCUGGUCUUCUCCCAAACCUCUCGUCUCUCUCCCUCCCAACAGAUUCUCCUUCCCUCUAUCUCCUCGCCGCCGAUCCACCGCCUCCAUGUCCCGCCGAUCUCCUCCUCCUCCUCCGACGCCGCAGCGAUUCGCUAAUCCUCAGUCUCUCUCCGACUGGCUCGAGCCGCGUCUCCCUUCAGACUCGUUCGCCGCCUGGGGAGUCAGACCGGGGACGAAAAACGUCCACAACCUCUGGCUCGAGCUCUCCGACGGCGAGACUUCCCUCGCGGAUUCGACCCCUCCGGUCCGCGCCGUCAACGUCGUCACGGUCCGCGUGAUCGGAGAAGGCGGUAGGAUCCUCGUGGAGUCUCACCAGGAGUUGUCGGACGGGAGCGUCCGGGAGAGGUUUCGUCCUUUGUCGGAGAAGAUGAAGCCGGAGGAAACGCCCGACGAAGCUGUCUUUCGCGCCGUUAAAGAAGAGCUCGGGUCUAUCUUUGAAGGCGAAGACGACGACGGUGGAGAGAGGAUCAAGAUUCUUCCGGGGAGUUACAGUAGAAGAGUGGAGGAAAGGAACUCGCUUUCGUAUCCGGGGUUGCCCGCGCGUUACGCUCUGCACUCGGUGGACGCGACGGUGAAGGGACUACCGGAGGAAGAUUUCUGCACGGAGGAGAAAGAGUAUGAUGGUGGUGACUCGAGGGAGGAAGACUCGGAGGAAACACGAGCUGUCGGAAAAGCUGUGACGGUUAAGCGGCAUUACUGGAAGUGGGUUAGUCCUAGUUCGGUUCGGUCCUAAAACAGCUUUCACUUCGGAUUGUCUUUAUUACAGUGUGAUUCAUCAGUUAGUUAGUAAUCUAUCUGUCUUGUUUAGUUUCAUUGUGUUGUGCUCUGGACUUCGUAGUGUUUUAGUCAGGCUUAUGAACUCUUGUUGCAGGUUUACAGAAAUACAUAGAAGAGUAUAAGACUCUUCUUUUGUGUGUACUA